CUCUCUCACUCUCUCACUCUCUCUCUCUCGCCUUACGUACAUGUAUAUGUGGUUCACCCGUAGUGUAUUUUACUCGAACGCGAAAAAAAAUGGUGUGUCCCCGAUAGGCGUACGUGAAACCGCAACGAUCCUAGUCAUUUUCGAGUUGUCCGCGAAAAGCCCGCGUCCCCGUACGCCAACCGCAGUUCGGUUUUCCCGUGUCGCUGAUAAUACGACGACGACGACGACACAACGCCCGUCCAUUGUUUUGUACCAACCGUUUGCGACGAGCUGUCCGUUUUGUUGUUUGGUCGACAAACGCACUCCGUGAGUAAAAACCAAUAACUAGAGCUUUAGAAAUAUUCGUUUUCCACCUCCCGUAACGCGUGUGAAGUUUCAAUCCGUCAACAACAAACAAACGGUAUCAGUACCCGAACGGGAGUUUAAAAUGAGUGACGAGAGCAAUCCUCGUACGCUGUACGUUGGUAAUCUAGACCCGUCCGUCACCGAAGAGCUGCUGUGUGCAUUGUUCACGAACAUUGGCCCGGUGAACGCUUGCAAGGUGAUACGCGAGCCGGGUAGCGAUCCCUAUGCGUUCCUCGAGUUCGACACACAUUCGGGCGCGGCCACCGCACUGGCGGCAAUGAACGGCCGACUUUUCUUAGACAAAGAAAUGAAAGUAAAUUGGGCCACGACACCCGGCAAUCAGCCCAAGCUUGACACAAGCAACCAUUAUCAUAUAUUCGUCGGUGACUUGAGUCCCGAGAUCGAAACACAUACUCUGAAAGAGGCGUUCGCGCCGUUCGGAGAGAUUUCCAACUGUCGCAUUGUACGCGACCCUCAAACUUUAAAAUCUAAGGGAUACGCUUUCGUAUCAUUUGUAAAAAAAUCUGAUGCAGAGAAUGCUAUCAAUUCUAUGAAUGGCCAAUGGCUAGGUAGCCGGAGUAUCAGGACUAACUGGUCCACCAGAAAACCUCCACCACCAAGGGCUCCAAACAAGUACAGUGGUUACCGGGCAGUAACAUUUGACGAUGUCUAUAAUCAGUCCAGUCCGACAAAUUGUACAGUAUAUUGUGGUGGUAUUGUAGAAGGCUUAACAGAAGAGCUUGUUGAACAAGUGUUCUCACGCUUUGGCACUAUUGUAGAAAUUCGAGCAUUCCGAGAUAAAGGUUAUGCAUUUGUUAAAUUUUCUACUAAAGAAGCGGCAACAACUGCCAUCGAAGCAGUGCACAAUACAGAAAUUAAUGGACAUCCUGUCAAGUGUUUCUGGGGAAAAGAAUCGGGUGAUCCAAAUAGUGCAGCUAAUCUUGCUGCUCAAGCAGCUGCAAGUACAGAUACUGCCGGUCAAUACUCAUACAAUAUGGCAUAUAACCAAGGAAUGAAUUAUUGGUAUCCAUAUGCUCAAAUGCAAGGUCAAUAUGUGCCAGGUAUGCAAGGAGCCAGCUAUGGUGGUGCUGCUGCAUAUAGUCAAUACACUGGAUAUCCAUAUCAAAUGGCCAAUGCCACUGCAUAUCAAAUGGGUAAUGGAACUGGACAAACUGCUAAUGGACAACAGAUGUCUACACCAGGCAAUAUGCAAGCUGGUGUUUAUUCAAUGCAGUAUCAAAGUCAGUGACAACAGAUAAAAUAGAUUUCUUUAAGUGUUGAAAUCUUAUGUUUUCUCAUUUGUGCUCUGUAUAUAUAUCUAAAACAAAUACUAAAAUAUUAGAAAACAAAUGUAUGGAAAUAAACAUUAAUUUAAUUUAA